AUGACUGAAGUGGUAGCAGGGAAGACUGUGGCAAGCGCUGAAAGAAUCAAGCAAGCCCCAAGCCUGAUGGAGAGACCAAACUCACUCGGAAAGUGGAUACAUUUUUUCCUCUUGCUUUCCGAGACCUCACCAUAUUAUUUUCAGCCAAACAGGAAAUCAGUUCCAGAUCUACCCAACCUACCAUGUCUGAACCAGGUUCUGGUUGUGGUGUUCCAGCCCAGAGAAGCUCACAGCAGGGCUCCAGAGUUGCUGUCAGUGAACCUGGGGUACUGCAGUCAAACAGUGGAACUCAAUGUGAUUGUAAAGGAGGAGGGCGAGGAGAGAGAAAUCAAUGAGCGGGAGGUGGAAGGGAGAGAGGAGGACAGGAACUCUGUUGACUCAGGAGAGAUCCCCAACCCAGACUCAGUCAAUGAGCCCAGUUCCACAGCAUCAAGACUGCCUGGUUGUGGGAGUUACCCCUGUCCUCAAUGUGGGAAGUGUUUCAGUCGAGCAGGAGACCUGAAGACUCAUCAGAGAUCCCACAGUGGAGAGAAGCCUACCUGUACUUUCAAUGUGAUUGUCAAAGAGGAGGACGGUGACUGUACUCUCAAUGUGAUUGUCAAAGAGGAGGAGGAAGAGAAGGAAAUCGAUGAGACGGUAAAGAGAGAAGUUAAGGAAGAGCAGGAACCUAGUGGUGUAGUUGACCCAGAUACAUCAAGACUAUCUGGUCAUGGUCGAUUCCCCUGUCAUCAGUGUGGGAAGAGUUUCCGUUCCUCAGGUAAUCUAAAGAAUCAUCAAAGAGUACACACUCGAGAGAAACCAUUUCCCUGUGCCACAUGUGGGAAGAGGUUCCGUGAAAAAUUCAACCUCACGGGACAUGAGAAGGUACAUAGUGGGGAGAAGCCUUACCACUGCACCCAGUGUGGGAAAAGCUUCAAUCGUUCUGGAAGUCUUAAGGAACAUCAAAGAGUACAUACAGGGGAGAAGCCUUAUCACUGCUCUCUUUGUCAGAAGAGUUUUAGUCAGCCAGGAAAUCUUAGGAAACAUCAGAGAAUACAUACAGGGGAGAAGCCUUACCGUUGCUUUCUAUGUGGAAAUAGUUUUGGUUUCGCUGGAAACCUAAAGAAUCAUCAGAGAGCACACUGUGGAGAGAAGCCUUACCACUGCUCUCACUGUGGGGAGGGAUUCCCUCAACUAAAAAGUCUUAAAAGCCAUCAGAAAAUACAUUUUGGAGAGACACCUGCCUGUACUUUCAAUGUGAUUGUCAAAGAGGAGGAGGAUGAGAAGGAAAUGAGAGAAGUUGAAGAGGAAGACAAUAGUGGUAUAGUUGACCCAGAUAUAUCAAGACUGCCUGAUCGUUACAUCUGUCCUCAAUGUGGAAAAAGUUUCAGUACCUCAAGUAAUCUUAAGAAUCAUCAAAGAGUACACACUGGAGAGAAACCUUUUCUCUGCUCCCAAUGUGGGAGGAGUUUCAGUGAGAAAGUAAACCUUAAGAGACACGAAAGAGUGCAUAGUGGAGAGAAGCCUUACCACUGCACCACAUGUGGGAAGAGCUUCAAUCAUUCAGGAAGCCUUACAAAUCAUCAGAGAAUUCAUACAGGGGAGAAACCUUUCCACUGCUCACUGUGCGGAAAUAAUUUCCGUUUUGCUGGAGACCUAAAGAAUCAUCAGAGAUCACACAGUGGAGAGAAGCCUUACCACUGCUCUCAGUGUGGCGAGGGAUUCACUCAGCUAAGAAGUCUAAGAAGUCAUGAGAGAAUAUCCAUUGGAGGGAAGCCUGCCUGUGCUUUCAAUGUGAUUGUCCAAGAAGAGAGAGAAGUUGAGGGAGAGGAGAGUGAUGUGAAAUAAACGUGAAGUGAGGAUACAUAAGCUAACUACACAAGCUAACUAUAGGUAUUGAUAUUCACACCUAUCCUAGAAAUGGUGUCUUUUGUGACAACAUGGUCAUGGACAGCACCGUUUAGGGCUAUCUUCAUCUUCUUAUGCUUCUAUGAGUGUAUUGGAAGUUCACAAAUAGGCCUGUAUACUGUGGCUGAGUCUAUAGGACUGUUUACUGGGGCUGAGUCUAUAUAUAUAUAUAUAUAUAUAUAUAUAGUAAUUACUGGGGAGUCUAUAUAGGCCUGUUUACUGUGGGUGAGUCUAUAUAGGACUGUUUACUGGGGCUGAGUCUAUAUAGGCCUGUAUACUGGGGCUGAGUCUAUAUAGGCCUGUAUACUGGGGCUGAGUCUAUAUAGGCCUGUAUACUGGGGCUGAGUCUAUAUAGGCCUGUAUACUGGGGCUGAGUCUAUAUAGGCCUGUAUACUGGGGCUGAGUCUAUAUAGGCCUGUAUACUGGGGCUGAGUCUAUAUAGGACUGUAUACUGGGGCUGAGUCUAUAUAGGCCUGUAUACUGGGGCUGAGUCUAUAUAGGACUGUUUACUGGGGCUGAGUCUGUUUAUAGUAUAUACUGGGGCUGAGUCUAUAUAUAUAUAUAUAUAUAUAUAGUAUAUACUGGGGCUGAGUCUAUAUAUAUAUAUAUAUAUAGUAUAUACUGGGGCUGAGUCUAUAUAGGCUUGUAUACUGUGGGUGAGUCUAUAUAGGACUGUUUGCUGUGGGUGAGUCUAUAUAGGACUGUUUACUGGGGCUGAGUCUAUAUAGGCCUGUAUACUGGGGCUGAGUAUGUUUAUAGUAUAUACUGGGGCUGAGUCUAUAUAGGCCUGUAUACUGGGGCUGAGUAUGUUUAUAGUAUAUACUGGGGCUGAGUCUAUAUAUACCAUAUACUGGGGCUGAAUCUAAAUAUAGUAUAUACUGGGGCUCAAUGUCCCAAAUGGGGCACUAUUCCAUCUAUCUUUCAUUGCCUCCAGUAGAAUUCAGUUGUGGAUAUUUUUUAUACCUGAUUAAACUCAGUAGAAGGGCUGGUUUGUAUUGACAUAAAAUAUAUUGUUAUGUCAUGAUCUGGAUGGAACCGGUGUUUUUUAGAAUUUUGUUCUGUUCCGGAACAGUAUAGAUCCCUUUCGUUGUCAGUUCUGGUUCUGUUGCUUGAAAUUCCAUUUUUCUUUUCUGUUCCCUGAACUGGUUCCAACUCCUGGUUUAGAAUAUUGUAAAGUAUCCAUUAAUUAAAUAAUAAAUGCGAACAAACUGUAAUCUUCUUCUUCAUUAAAGGUGGAUGAUGUUGGUAGAUUGUCUUUAUCCAUGAAAAGUCAGUAUUGUAUCAUGGUGAUGAUAAAUCACAAGAAUAAAAGAUGCCAGACACUCA